AUGGCCGUUCUGCAGAAGUCUAUGGGCUUUUCCCUUAUGGGGACUUUGGCCACCAGCUGGCUGCUUCUCAUGGCCCUGUGGGCCCAGGAGGCAGAUGCACUGCCCAUCACUUCCCACUGCAAGCUUGAUGCGUCCAAGUUCGAGCCAUACAUUACCAAUCGCACCUUCAUGAUGGCCAAGGAGGCUAACCUUGCAGAUAACAACACAGACGUCCGGCUCAUUGGAGAUGAACUGUUCCAAGGAGUCAGCACUGAGGACCGAUGCUACCUGAUGAAGCAGGUGCUCAACUUUACCGUUGGAGAAGUUUUGCUCCCACAGUCAGACCGCUUCCAGCCCUACAUGAAGGAGGUGGUCUCCUUCCUGGAGAAGCUAAACAACGACCUCAGGCCCUGUCACAUCAGUGGUAAUGACCAGCACAUCCAGAAGAAUGUACAGACGCUGAAGGAAACAGUAAAAACGCUCGGAGAGGGCGGAGAGAUCAAAGCGAUCGGGGAAGUGGAUCUGCUGUUUAUGUCCCUGAGAAACGCCUGUGUCUAA